CGUACUUCCCAGACACCUCCAUGCGACAUCACCACUAGCCAGUGCAGAAUGGAGCGGUUACCUCUAGAGGUGCUAGAGUUGGUUGCUGAGAACUUGACAACCAAGGAUUUGUCAGCGUGCAGUGCCGUCAGUAUGAGCUGGAGAGACAUCUUCAACCACGACAGUCUGUGGAAGCCUCACUGUAACAUAAGUAUUGCUGAUUAUCUGGAGACUGCUGAGUGUCAAGUGCAGCCAGGAUUCGUGUCUCCAGUCAUGGAGAACAAUAAGUUAAGCCCAAUCUGUCACUGGAGGAUGUGCUUCAUGCGUGAGAACCACCUGUUCAAGAACUGGAGAGGGAUGAGAUACGUAGUAAAUAAAGUAAAGGCUAGUCACGAUUCAUUCUUUCAUUCUACAUUCCUUUCCGAUGAUUACUUAAUAGAGAUUACUGAUGAUUACACUACACUACAGUCUACAGUGACUACACUGCACUGUCAGUUGGAGGUUGAUGCUACUACUAGCUUCUCUACAACUACAAUGAGGCUUAGCGGUGCGGAGUACAAGAAACGGGCGAAGAAGAAACUCGAAGAACAAGAACGUGUAUUGAAACAAACCAAAAGGCUAGAUUUGUUCUUUAAGACGCCAGGAGAACAAGAGAUUGCACCAGUACUUGAAGGACCUGCACUUGACGAUUCCAUAUUUUGA